GUUUGAGUUUGUAGUAGCUGUCGUUCUGAGCAAGUUAGGCGUGCUUCUUUCAACGGCAUAUUCGACAAUCAAACCACUGUGUAAUUGAGAUUAAAUUUGAGAUGGGAACACGAGCAUCAUCUGUCUCCCUUCGAUGGCUAUGGGCUCGUACGAGUAGUGGUCAACCUGGUGGCAUCUCUCAACCGAGACGGCUCGACUUGGCUCUUCUUCCUCGACAACUAUUGAAAGCAGGAAGUGCUGGUGUUGCAUGUGGCCUCGUUAUUAGAUGUUACAGAAAACAGCCCAAAGAGAGCAAAAGAAUUAUGUACUAUAGUUUGGCAUCGGCGGCUGCUUCCACAGUGAUAGGAGGCGUAUAUGCUGUGGCAGCAAGACGACACAAUACAGCAUCGUUUAUUUACUCGUUUCCCUUGUCAGCUGGUGUUAGUGCUGCUGUGGUGACUGCUGUGUUUCUCAGUUGUCGAACUGUUUUGUGUCAUCGUGAAGUCAUUGCUGAUGUCACAGAAAGAUGGAACGUUUCUUCCUACUUUCAUUUGUCAUAUCGAUUGAGUGUUGCCUCGGGUGUGGUGACUGGAUUUUUUGUGUCUGCAUUUACAUUUCAAAGAGCGAGAGAUGUGCUCUUUACAUGUAUGCUUGGUGGCUGCUUGGGGAUCGUAGGACAGCUCAGUUAUGAUGCCAUCAAUGCUUGGAGACGAAAAAAGGCAAUGGAAUUGUAUUACCAAGAUGGUGUUGAAUCUGUCAAUCUUGUAGCUAGUGAGUGUGUAGACAGUGAUGUUGCUGUUCGAGAUGAUGAAACUGGGGGACGAGUGUGGGGUCAGUCGAUUGUCAAGAUGGCAGAGAGCAAGUCAUAUGCAGGGCAACUGAGAGAGAAAAUUUGUAAGCUGGAAGAUGCAAUACAAGUGGAACAGGAUGUCAUAGAUGAAUUAUGCAGCAGAAUAGAUCAACAGACUGAUUUUUUGGAGUAUCAGACUACUGGAGAAUAAUUAGGUUAGCAUUUUCAUCACAAAUGCAUGAUGUGUAAUUAUUAUCUAGCAAUUAUAUCGAAAUAGUAAGUCCUGCCCAGAACUAUAGUUCGUUGCAGAUGCAAUUGAUCUUAUUAAAUCCUUAUAAGUAUUACCAUAUAUAAAUCAA